UACACAUGAUUUACUGACUUGAAGUUUGAAACAUAAGUAUUGUCGAAAUUUGUUUAAUUACAUAGCUGUCUGAUUAAAUUAACUGCAAAAGUUAAUCAGAUUUACUCGUCUAAGUUGUAGUAAUAAUGAAUUAUUUUUGCUACUAGUACAAUAAUUCAUUAUAUUUUAACAUGGUUUAAUAUGUUUCAAGUAAAUUUUAAGUUAGCUUCAAUAAAUUAAUGUUUUAUACACCAUUUGCUCAUCAAUGGACUCUAACACAUGUUUCUCAUUUAAUUUGCUUUGAUACAAUUUUUGUUCAUUAUGGCGUUUUGGUAUUUUGAAAAGGAUGAAUUACAUAGGACUGCUUCAGCUCAAGAUGGCAUACCAUAUGAACUUGAAUGUCGAUAUCGACAAGAAGGUGCACGAUUCAUCAUUGAUGCUGGAACCAAAAUGGACUUGGGGUAUAAUACCAUGGCAACUGGAGUCGUGUACUUCCAUCGCUUUUAUAUGUAUCACUCAUUCAGUACUUUUCCACGAUAUCUUACAGCUUGUUGUUGUUUGUUUCUUGCUGGUAAAGUGGAAGAAACACCGAAAAAAUGUAAGGAUAUUAUUAAGAUAGCAAAAGCAUUACUACCAGAAGAUAAAUAUGAUACCCUUGGUCUAGAUCCUAAAGAAGAAGUAAUGGUUCUUGAACGUAUUUUGCUUCAGACUAUUAAAUUCGAUUUGCAAGUUGAUCACCCUUAUCAAUUCUUGUUGAAAUAUGCUAAAUGUCUUAAAGGAGAUAAAGCUAAACUUACUAAAAUGGUUCAAAUGGCAUGGACAUUUGUAAAUGAUAGUUUAUGCACUACUCUUUGUCUUCAAUGGGAACCAGAAAUAAUAGCUGUUUCUUUGAUGUACCUUGCAUGUAAACUUAGUAAAUUUGAAUUAAAUGAUUGGCAAGGUCGCAUGCCUAAUCAUUCACGUUGGUGGGAUAUGUUUGUACAAGGCAUGAACAUGGAUCUACUUGAAGAUAUCUGUCAUCAAGUACUUGAUUUAUACUCGUCUCCAGUUGAAAAAUCAGCACCUCCUUCUCCACCUUGUCAAGAAAAAUUUAUAGUGCCUAAAAAAAUAAUACCUCCACAAUCUAUAUAUCAGAAAUUAUUGCUACAAAAAAUGGCUAUAAAAUAUAGCCUUACACCAGAACAAGCAAUGCAAGCAGCUAUGUCAAAAAAUGUAAAACUUUUAGCUAUACAAACUAGUAAUACAUCAACAAAAGGUAUUUUACCUAUGCCAUCUGGAACUAAGCCUCAAACAAAUUCUACUGUUGCUACAUCAAAGCCGCAAAAUGUACAAAAACAAUUUUUGCAUCCUCCUCCUACACCUCCAAAAUUACUACUACAACAACCUACUCAAAAACUUCCUCCACUACCAUCUACUAGACCACCAUUACCUGAAAAACCACCGCCGCCACCAUCCCAACCUCCUUUACCACCACCACCUCCUAACCAAAUGAUAAUGACUACACAAAGUGUUGCUCCAUUACCUCAUCCUCCAAUGCAACCACCACCAAUUCCACCUGGAAAUUUUCCUCCAAUGUAUUCUUAUGUUCCAAUGCCAGGAAAUCCACCACAGCCCUAUCCAAAUCCUAUGUUUCAACCUCAACCUACAAAUAUGAUGAAUGCAGUACCACCUCCCUAUCGCCCUCAUGAAACAAUGCCUCCCAUAGGUAUGCCUUAUAUUAGUGAAGCAGUUCCACCGCGACCCCCAUAUAACGAUAAUUAUAAUCAAAGGGAUAAUAUGAUACAACCUCCUCCUCAAACUUAUAACGAGUAUGAUAUGGCAGAUGGAGGAUUUCAAGAACCAUUUGAUGAAAACAGACAAAAGUAUAUUGAUGGUAGAUCAUUUAAGCAUGAUGGUUCUUUUGGUGGACCAAACUAUGGAAAUGUUCCUCAGCAUUAUGAUGGUCCACAUUACCCAGAUCCAGCUUAUCAGCAAUAUAGAGCUCAUUUACCUGCAAACCGAGGUUUUAACAAUAGAAAUAAUCGACCACCGCCUCCUGUAUACCAGAAUCGACCACCACUUCGAAAUCAUCCAUAUCAAAAAAGAUAGCUGUUGACCAUUUUUUUAAUACAAUUGUUAUGUUUUAGGUAAAUAAUAUCUAAAGUGUUUUUUUUUAAUAUUCAUAAGGUUUUAAAAAAGUAUUUUAGUUGAAUGACUGAAAUAUAGUUAAAUCACUGUAAUCUAAAAUGUUUAAAUAGAUCA